GUCCGUCAAGUCAAUCGCUCGCCAUUGUGUUUUGUUAAAUGAAGUUAAUUUUGCUGCUGUAGCAAAAAAUCUUUAACCUUUUAAAAUCUGAUUUUGUUAUCUCGAAACCAAUAUGGUUUUACCCGGUUCUGUGUUCCCCGAAGACAAAUUACCGCAAUGUUGGUCGGACGACGUCCGAAUGAAUGCUUUAUUCGCUCCAUUUCGUAUAAAGUCCGCUAACCCUGAAUCUUGGGAUAUGAAAAUGAAAUUUUGGUCGGAUAUGUUGAGACAGUGGUGUAAAUACAAGGGCGAUCCCAUACUGUGCUCGGCGGACGCAAAAUUUGCUUUCCAGCGUAAGGGAAGAACCUGCGCUUGCUUGGAUAUAGUGAUUGAAGAGCUGUUCAGAAACAGCGAACUGUCACCUCUUUCAAAAUACCAGCAGAUCCUACACAAUGGCCCCGAGGGCUGGGUCCGGUGGGGGGCCCGUUUAGCGUUCAAACCCGCGGCGUUCGCUCUCACAGCGGUCACGUCCCUGUUGCCGGCGAGACAGCAGUUAGACAAUGACGGGUUGCCUAAAGCCAGUAUUGAUUCCACACAGAGAUUUGUACUGGAGAGUGCUGUUAAGGACCAAGCAACAGACCUAUUAUACAACUACCCAGCCGGAGAAGAGCGAAUUGGCACAAUAGACGAGCUGAUGAGAACCAGCGGUUACAAGCACGGACGGGAAGCGUUUGAGAUCUUAUUAGGAUAUCUGGUGUCCACGGGCAGCGCCGUGAAGGAAGAUGAUGUGGUUAAAUUGGCCGAGCCAGACAAGAAAGCGUCACCUGUGUCAGAAACCGACAAAGCGUUGGUGAAACUAAUGACAGCCGAGUCGCGGCUGUCGGGCGACGCGACGCGACUGUCGCGCGACGUCGCGACCGCAGACUGCGACGCGCGGGCGGCGUUGCAACUUGGCAACAGGCUCGCUGCCAAGAACCAUCUCCGUAGGAAGCACAAAGCACAGCAGCGGCUCACUCGGUGCGAGUCAGCGUUGGACAAUGUUAAGCAAUUGUUACAUCAGAUGAGGGAGGUGGACGUCAACGCGGCGAUAGUGGACACUUACAGGACUAGCUCUCAAGCCAUGCGGCGGGGUAUGAAGGAGUCGGGUCUGGAGGGAGACGCCGUUCACGACACCAUGGACGAUCUGAAGGAAGUGUUGGAAGAGUAUAACGAGGUGGAGAAAGCGCUCAGCUCGACCGUGGACGACUUCGACGCGGCCGAGCUGGAGACGGAGCUGAGGGAGUUGCUGCAGCAGCCGCCGGGGGCUCCCGGGGGCGGCGCUCCCGGCAAGCAGGAUAGAGUAUCGAAGAAGGAACCGCGCAAGGUAUCGGAGCGGGAGUUCGUGUUCGACGGCGAGGAGCGGAUCCUGGCCGAAUUGGACAAACUGGACAUCGAGGACGCUAGUCCUAAACCCGAGAAACACAUUGAGAAACCCGAGAAACGGCGCGAGAAACCCGAAAAAGUGGCUGUACCCGUUUGGCCAGUGGAAGAAAAAUCUAAAGAAUCUCCGAGUAGACCGUCCAAGAGUUGGUACCCGGCGGCCGGACAGAGCCUCGUCGACACGUGGCCGCGUGAGCUGAGACAGGACGAAAGGUUACAUCCAGGACAACCGCCGGAAGUGGAUUACACAUCGCCGCCGCGGCUGUACAGCAGCGACUUCCAAGUGCGCGACCACAAGAUAGACAACGGGGUGUGGUACUUCAACAAUAACAUGGAAGAUGGCGCUUUUGCGGCCAGCACAGAAUACAUUAGUACCGAGAGUCCGGGAAAGACCGGUGGCUCGUUCCAAAUGGCUCCCGGCGGUGAGAGGAAGAAGCAGCCGGCCUGGCCUGAUGAUGAGGAAGCCGUGGACGACCUCGAGAGGAGGCUGAAGAACUUGAGAGGGUUCAAGUUGUAACGUCCUUGAACGUUAUAUACUCCAUGUAUGAUACGAAUAGAGACUUUGUUAUUAUAGUGGUGAGGGAUAACAUCGUGAGGAAACCUGCACAUUCAGGCGACUGGACGGGUGACCAUGAUCGAUCCAACACGGGUCAGGUUCCUCUGCAAAGGUGGCGGAGGUCGAGUGGAAGUGUGGACAGUGCAAUCUCUGCCUACCUUUCCGGGAGAGAGGCGGGAUGUUGUGUAUAUAUAAGUGUGUGUGUAAAAUAUAUUUUCAAGGUCAGGACACUCUUGAGGGACUUCACAUAAGGGAUUUAAAAAAAAUAAAAAGCAAAAAAACUUAUAAAAAAAAUAAAUAAUUUCAUUUUAUUCGGAUUUUAGUAUACUUAUUUGAAUUUAAAUUAUUUUGAUCAUUUUUUGUUUAAAAUUAUAUUAUUUUUUUUUUCAGAAGUGGUAACAUGUUUAAUAUUUAGGUAAAAUUUAUCAUAUUUAUUUUUGUAUUUUCGUUUUAUUUGUAAACUUUGAUUUAUGUAACGUACCUACUUUUCAGAGCGCUUGUGUAUGGAAAAUAUUGUAAAUAGAUUUAAAAAAAUAGCUAUUAUUAAACCUACUGCCAUAAUCGUCUAGGUAAAAUUUUUCACAAAGAUAAAAAUUAGAUAAAAAUAUUUGGACGUAGUAAAAUUGACCAAAAAAUUUUAAAAUAAAAAAAAAUUGUUAUGUUAAAUUUCGUCAUCUCUUUAGUUUUAAUCUAAUUUCUUAUAGUCAUUACGUUAAGCUGAAUCCGUACUAAUAUUUUUAAUGCAAAGGAUUGCCUCUCUGUCUGUAACGCUUUCACGGCGAAACCGCUGUACCGAUUUUAAUUCAAUUUUGUAUGUAUUAUCUUUGCCGUUUUCGCUGUGAAUAUAAUAAUACAUUUUUUUCGAAUUUUCCAUAAGGAAGUGAAAAAUUGGAAAUUUAAGUUUAGCGCAGGCAGAACUGCAGUAGGCAGAAAUAAAAACAAACUGUAUAUGAAAUCUGUUCAUUAUUUUAAAUAAGUAGUUAUCAUUGGAAAUUCUCACAGCAAAAAAUAGCUUAAAAUUUAAUAUUUAAAACCAAUACGAGUGAUAAUAGGUUAAGUGGAUUAAACAAAUGAUGUAAAUAUAUUAUUAGAUAGUCAUGAAAAAAAAAAUAUUUGGAAAAAUUACAAAAAAAAAGAUGAAAUAUUUCAUAGUGCCUUUUGUGAAUUAAUGUAUCUAAUGUAAUUUAAAGUUUAAACGGGAGAUCUGUCAAACGGACUAUUUACAUGUAAAAAUUAAUAAAUACAUAUGUGAAUAACUUAAAUAUAUUUUGAAAAAAAAUAAAAAUACAUCUUACUAAUAUUAUAAGUGCGAAUAUUAUUGUGUGUUUGUUUGUAACGUCAAAAAGUACUGAACGAAUUUUCAUGAAACUUUGCAGUGAUGUCUAAGCUAGAUUCAUGUUCAUUUUGUAAAUUAAAGUAAAGUAAAAAAGUAUUUAUUUCGUCUCCGUAGGCACAGAAAAAUUAAAAAAGAAGGUACUUAAAAAGGUUUUAAAAUUAGAAAUGGACAUUAUAACUUAGCGACCUUUUACAGACAUACGUACUAAUAAAUACAUUACUGCAUAGUUUCAUGAAAAUUCGUCUUCAAAUCUCUACAAACAUUGGAAUGACACAAUAAGUUUAUAGAUAUUUGAGGCGGAGUAAGUCGCUGACCAUAGCUAGUAGUAUAUAUAUAUAUAUACUACUAUAUAUAUAUAUAUAUAUAUAUAUAUAUAAACAUCCAACACCUAUGCAGAUCAGAAAGAGUUUGUAAUUAACAUCAUGACCAAACCGUGGGAACCAAUACAAAAUUGUCCGUUUGACAGAUUUUCUUGUUUUUUUUUUUAAUUAAGGUUAGUUAUAGUACAUGGAGUAAAUUGGACAUGUUAUUAUUAUUUAUGUUUUUAAUUAUAGUGGGCCACUUAAAAGUAUAGGGUACGUACGCUACAACCAUUUUUAUAAGGCGAUAAUAACGCAUCCGAGUAUAAAUCUGGAUGAAAACUCAAUGAAAUAAAGGCCUUAUUACAAGUAUAUUAAACUUAAAAGCCAAAAACAACAUGUCUACAGCUAUCUCGCUCAUAAUAGUCAGUACCUGGUUGACCGAGCGGUGCUCGAUGGACGUCAGAAAAACCAUGAAAAUCGUUAAAAAAACAGAAAAUAAAACUAUCAAACCUUACCCCACCACCUCUGAUGUAAAGUCUAAAGGGGUUCCUGAAAUCAAUAUUGAUGUAAUCCGCGACAUGUAUCAAUUCAAGUUAAAAAUCUUUAUUGCACGUCAUAAAGUACAUCAGUUGAAUUACAGUUACUGCUUAUAAAGAGGAACAAUAUAAGCCCUGUUGGGCAUCGCAAUUUUAAAAUAUCACGACUCCGGUUAAUUCGUUCAGACCGCUCUAAACCCUUCUCUGUCUCAGUAGGAGUUCACCAAGACUCGGUUCUCAGUCCAUUUUAGUUCGGUGUGAUAUUGGAUGAAGUGUCUGACUUCAAACCACUCAUUCCACAGAUUGCCAUUCCAAUUCGGUUAAAUUUAACUUCACACCUAAAAUUAGAGACUUAAAACAUACUUGCGUCUUGAUUAAGCGAUAAGUACUUUCUUCAUCAGUAACUAUUGACUUUAUUACAGUAAUAGUAAGAGAAACCUGUCAUUGGCCUUAUAAUAGCAUAAGAUUAAUACUGUAUUAAUAUUUAAUGUAUACGCUGUUGGUUUCUUUAAUAAAAUAAAAUAAAAAAUAAAUAAAGGUAUCAGUAAACAUUAGACUCCUGCGCAGGUAUAUUGGUGUAACCUAUAAAAAUGGUAGUAGUUAUAACGUAGGUAUGUAACGAUUUCUCUAUAUACUUUUAAAUGUACUCCACUGUAUUUAUAGAUAUGUAAACGUGUUUUUAUUUUAAAUUGACGAUAGUGAGUACCUAAUGAAAAAUGUCUAUUGGAUCCCAAAAAAUAUUUAAUGUCAUAAUCACCGAUGAGCAUAACGCUUUUCGUAUAAAAAAUAAUUAUGCGGAACGAUGUUUAUGCUGUGGCGACAUCUCUACGCCACUCGUCACAAACAUCAAAUCACACAACAAGUGUCAAUCAUCUCGAAGAAAUCGACGCGCUCAGCCAAUAGCAGCGAAGAACCCAAAUCGCGAUUUCAGAGAUUUCAUGAAUUGGAGCUAUAUAUACAACCUCCGACACAACAUCGUCGGAGCUGCGGAGCGUUAUGAAAAAUGAUGAGUAUACCUUAAAAAUUAAUGGCAUAAUCACCGAUAAGCAUAACGUUUUUCGUAGGUAUACAAAAAAUAUGCGGAACGAUGUUUAUGCCAAAGAGCGUUAUGAAAAAUGAUGAUUAUGCCUUAAAAAUUAUGGAACCCAAUAUGUACACUCAUUAAAAUUAUGUUACUAAUUUGACUUUAUAAUGCUCGCUUUUUUUUAUAUUGCACUGUUUUUUUUUGGUUAGGAAUUAAUAUUGUUGUGGAUGACCAAAAAGGGUUGGGUUUGACAAUGUUUCUUUUAUUCUUAUGUAUGUAAUUUUUUGUAUAGUGUUUUGAUGUUGUCUCGUUUUGUCAGUGGAAAAAUGAACACCGUAUUUUUGCAUUCAUCUAUAUUUUUAUUUAUUCCUGCCGCUAUUUAGAGGCAUCUCUGAAACAAGGAGCGCUUCAGGUCUACCGAUCAAAACGAAUCCAUAACAAUUAUGUAUAUGUUUUAGAAAAUAAAAAAUAUGCUACUUACAAUUUUUUUUAUGUAAUCGUUUAUUUUUUUAAAGAAAUGUUUACUCAUUAUCAUUGAUAUGUUUUAUAUGUUAGCUUGUAAUAUGUUUUCGACAUUUAUUUAAUGUAAUGAACAUGUAAAUAGUGAUGUACAUAUUAUAUUUAUACCACAUGCCAA